CGCGCCGCGCUCCGGGCGCCGCCGCCGUGACGGCCGGGCAGGGCCCGCAGGGAUUAACUACGAAGUUACAGUCGGUGUGAUCAGCCGUGGAAAAGCUCUAAGACUAAUGAUGCUACCAGCAUGGGAAGUGUAUCUCUAUCUGUUUGUUGCAGUUGGCUCUCACUUUUAUUCUUUCUAUGAAGUGUACAAAGUUUCUAGAAAGUAUGAAGAUGAAAUUGACAGAAAUUUUGGAUUGGAACAAGGCAUUCUGUUUUGGGGGCUUAAAAAGGAUCCUUUGGAUUUUGAGUGGAGUUACUGGAUAGAAUGGGGAAGGGAACAUAUACUGUGGCUUCUGUUUGGUCAUCUGCUGGUAUCACAAAUGUCCCGACUCUUUAUGGAAAAGUAUAAACCUUGGUGUCUGAUGAUAUAUGGAAUGGUGGCCUGCUGGUUUCUGUUAGGAAUCAAGGGCUUGGCAGUGAUUUUGUUGCAUGCAAUUACAUCAUUUGCUGUGGCUCAGUUUAAGAUACCAAUCCUGACAUGGAUGUGCUCUCUUAUCCUGUUAUCCACUUUACGCAUACCAGCUGUAGAAGAAGCAAAGAGAAAAUGGUAUGACACUGAAAAUGAGUAUUAUCUGCUCCUGUUCACCUUGUCUGUUCGUUGCCUCUUCUACACUAGUUUCAGUUUAGAAUAUUGUUGGCAUGGAUCUACCCAGAAAUCAUCCCAUUCAUUCCUGUGGAUGCUGGCAUACGUGUUUUAUUACCCUAUGUUCCACAACGGACCCCUUAUGAACUUCGAUGAGUUUAGUAAGCAGAUGAAGAGGCAAGAAGCCUUCAGUUUGAAGACGAAUAUUGGAAUUUUAAUCAUGGGCAUAAUUCGCAUUUUCUUUUGGUGGUGCUUGGCUGAGCUGAUGAUUCACCUCAUGUAUAUCCAUGCUAUCUACAGUAGUUCUCCACCCUUGGAAGCUGUGUCAUACUGGGCUUUAGGUGGCCUGGCUUUAGCUCAAGUACAGUUUUUUUAUGUGAAAUACCUGGUUCUGUAUGGUGUUCCUGGCCUCCUUGUUCAAAUGGAUGGACUGAAACCGCCAGCUCUUCCUUGCUGUGUAAGCAUGAUGCACAGUUUCACUAAAAUGUGGAGAUGUUUUGAUGUUGGACUACAUCGCUUUCUGGUCAGGUACAUUUACAUCCCAAUGGGAGGAUCUCAGGCUAGCAUGCUGGGGAUGCUCUUUUCCACAGCACUCACUUUUGCUUUUGUGAGCUAUUGGCACGGAGGCCAGAGCUACCUUUGGUACUGGGGGACUCUGAACUGGCUCGGAGUGAUUGUGGAAAAUGGCGUCAAGAGGCUGCUCUCUGUUCCAUUUAUUCAGCACUUAACUGAUCGUUUCUUCUCACCAAGAAUUUGUCGUCGACUUCAUGCUGUCCUGGCAUCUGUUUGCACUUCGAUGUUGAUUUUAUCAAAUUUAAUAUUUCUUGGAGGAAAUAAAGUUGGAAAAAUCUACUGGAAUAGGAUCUUUAUGGAAGGUUUGGAAUUUUCUGAAUAUUGA